GGGGUUUAACGGGGACACCGGGGGUCAGGGGUAGCGGCUGUCCUCUUAAACCCGGCUUCCACUCUGGCCUCCGUUAUUGUUCCAUGUGGCCGCUGUGGGUGGACGGACGGACGGUCCAUCCUGCUGCCUGUUGUUCAGCCCUUCCGCCAAUGAGAGCCCGUCUCCCGCUCAGCCCCAGUCCAAUGAGAGCGGCGGGGUCUGUGCUCGGAUCGAGAGUUGGGUUGUUCAAUCUGUGAGGAGGACAACAAGCAGCUCUCUGAGUGUACACCGGAUGGAUGGAUGCUGGCGAUGACUCUCUCUGGAGCCACUGGUGCUGACGGUGGGCAUGGGUGAUCGGGCUGAACUGUCCUGUUGUGUUCUUUGCAGAUGUUGUGAUGUGUUGUCCAGAAUUUGAUCACAAAAACUCCUUUUCCAAAUGAGUUGCUGUUUGGCUGCGGGACGUGUGUCCUAUCACUGAGGCCACAUGUGUAUCUGGAGCAAUGGAUCGUUGUAAGCACGUGGUACGCCUUCGCCUAGGCCAAGACCAUUCGAUCCUUAAUCCGCAAAAAUGGCACUGUGUCGACUGCAGCACCACCGAUUCGGUGUGGGCCUGCCUCAAGUGCUCCCACGUGGCCUGUGGACGGUUUAUGGAGGAGCACUCACUCAAACACUUUCAGGAGUCGCACCAUCCGCUGGCUAUGGAGGUGCGAGAGCUGGAUGUUUUUUGCUUUGCCUGUGGAGACUAUGUACUCAACGAUAACGCAGAGGGUGACCUCAAACUCCUCAGAGGGGCGCUCUCCACUGUUCGGAGCCCGGGUAGGCGCUCACUGCGCUCUUCAACAGGGGGGGAGUGUACUCCCUGGGUUGGGGAAAGUGGGCCGCAGCCCGCCAUGCAGCUGGCCUUGCGGCACAGGAGGAAAGCACUCCUGGGGAAGAUGCUCCGGAUGUGGAUCAGCAAACAUCAGGAGCUCCAGAAUCAGCGGAAAGAGAAACUCGAGGAAGCUAGAAGACAAAAGAAGGAGGUGAAAAAGAGACUCAUGGAAGAACUUGGCAAUGUUCCUCCCAGGAAGAGCGCUAGGCUUCUUACUCAGGCGCCACGUUCAACCAUCACACUCAUUCCACGCAAAUUUCGCGACCCUCCAGAACGCCUACCUCCUCCUCCUCCUGCCCAAAAGAAGCCUUCACUUUUAACCCUGUCCCGCAAGACUUCUCAGAAUGGCAAAGCUGCCAGACUGAGGCGAUACUACUCCACGCAUGCAGUCACGCGACGGAGACUCGCUCCGGGGGUCACUGGUCUGCGCAACUUGGGGAACACGUGCUACAUGAACUCAAUAUUGCAAGUGCUGAGCCACCUGCAGAAAUUCAGGGAGUGUUUUCUCACUUUGGACCUGUGUGAGACUGAGGAGCUACUGGCCAAGACCAACCACUCCCAGGGGAUGAAGGGGGUGACAGGAGGUGUGGUCAGCAGUGGUAACACAGCACUGGCAGAAUACCCUCUUGGACGUAUGGGGAAGGCGGGUUGUUGGAAUUUGCCCGUGGGGAAAAAGGAAAGCGUCUCGCCUCCUCCUCGCUGCUCCACCCGCCAGCAGAUGUCUCUGUGCCAUGAGUUACAUACUCUUUUCAGGGUCAUGUGGUCAGGCCGGUGGUCUUUAGUAUCUCCCUUUGCCAUGCUGCACUCUGUGUGGAACCUCAUCCCGGCUUUCCGUGGAUACGACCAGCAGGAUGCCCAGGAGUUCUUGUGUGAGUUGCUGGACAAGGUGCAGCAGGAGCUGGACACAGAGGGGUCCAAACGGCGGAUAGUCAUCCCCAUCACAAAGAGGAAACUAUCCAAGCAAGUGCUAAAGGUUCUCAACACCAUCUUUCACGGGCAGCUACUCAGCCAGGUGACAUGCCUAUCCUGUAAGCACAAGUCUAACACAGUAGAGCCAUUCUGGGAUUUGUCUUUGGAGUUUCCAGAGCGAUACCACAGCAUAGACAAAGGCUCGAGCUCGACGGCUUACCAGCGUAGCUGCACCCUCACUGAGAUGCUGUCCAAGUUUACAGAGAUGGAGGCUCUUGAAGGCAGCAUCUACGCCUGCAACCACUGCAACAAAAGAAGACGGAAAUCAUCCCACAAACCCUUAGUUCUGUCAGAAGCAUGUAAGCAGCUUCUGAUCUACCGUUUACCUCAGGUUCUCCGGCUGCACCUCAAACGCUUCAGAUGGUCGGGGCGGAACCACAGGGAGAAAAUCGGCGUCCAUGUGGCCUUUGACCAGGUUCUGAACAUCAAACCAUACUGCUGCACAGGCUCAGGUCACUCUGUCCACAGAGGAGGCUACACCUACGAUCUGUCUGCUGUAGUUAUGCAUCACGGUAAAGGCUUCGGCUCAGGGCACUACACCGCAUACUGCUACAAUACAGAAGGAGGUUUCUGGGUCCACUGUAAUGACUCUGAGAUGAAGGUUUGCAGUGUGGAGGAAGUGUGCAACACUCAGGCCUAUAUUCUCUUCUAUACCCAGAGGUCUGCUUAGGUACCUCUCGCUGUGAUGAUGACCUGUGCGUGGAAACUUGGGGCUGCAUUCAUGAAAAGGUUUUCUGACGCUUUCCCAGAUGUCAUUACAUUUUAGCAGCACAAUCCAGAUAAGAAGUAUGAUAGUGGUGAGUAAUGUUGCCAUAGCUAGUAGAUCAGAAAGCUCUGGGUUUACGUCUUACUUUUGACUCGGUAAGAAAACAUUUUCGUAAAUGAAGCCCAGGUUUCUCAGCCUAUAGGACCAGCGUAUUGAUUCCUGGCCUGAAGACUGUGGGAGCAGGUCGGACUCUGUCCUGCUGAACAACAACAACAACAAUCAGGCUCGUGUCUGUUGAGUCUGGGAACAACCAGGCGCUCUCCCCGAGACAGCAUUUUACAUUAAAAAGGCAACACGGAUUCUGGACUUUGGAGCGUUUGGUCACAGUAAUGUUGACAAUGUGCAUUUUUACACGUAACCGUGCGUUUGACCGCUGAGUUUUACAAGAAGCGACACAUUUUUAACGUUGCCAGCGACCGCACUGAGGGUCCACGCUCCGUGUUGCCUUCUGCUCAGCUUUUUUAAUUAUCGUGAAACGUCAGUUAUGGAAACUUUUAAUACUCACCCCUGUGUCAUUUGUAUCUCCUCAUGUCCUCUCCCUCAGAUGUACUGCUGUGACUGGAUACUGUGUCUUAGACUCAAGGCUCUCAGUGAACACGAAUAGUUUUUGUUUUUAGUUUAUUUUGUAGUCGCUCUGUUCCAUGAAAAGAAGCAAAAAGCACGAGUUUCAGACACUCAGUGGAAAGCUGCGGGAGGAGCUGUUGCUGUCGGCUCCCGUAACACCUUGAAGUGUCUGCUGCUGCUCCUGCGGUUAGACGAGUCUGAGCCUGGGUCGGACACACCACAUCUCUUAACCUGCCGGAGACGGGACGCGAGUUAAAGGGUAGAUACCGAAGAAUGUGUGCUUUCUUUUUCUUUCAUUCUUUUAUCUUUUUUCUUGGGAUACCCAUUUUUGAUUUGAGCACCUGAAAGCAAUAUAUUGUACAUCUUGCAUCUCGACAGGAAAUUUAAGAAAAUCAGGAAUUCUUCUGCUUGUUAUAUACAAUGUGUUUUGGGUUUUUUCUGUUGUUUUUUCUGUUGUUUUUUUCUACUCUGCUGUUUCUAUCGAGGUCUUUAGAUUUUGCUAGGUUGUCAAGAAAAACUGUGUUUGAUACGAGUCAAAUGCAGAAUACAUUUGUGAACUCUGUGACAGUUGGAACAAUCUAAUGACGAUGAAUGUCUUACUUUUUAGCGGUCAGGUGUGGCCAUGCCACCGGCUCUGAUCCCCUUGAGUUCUGUCGUGUACUGUAAGAAUACCUGUCAUAAAUGUAAUGGUCAUAUGGGUUUUGCCUGACAGUAAUUAUUAAAAAGACAAAACAAAAUUGAAA